AUCUGAGUAAAGAACCUGCCUUCCAGCUCAUUGCAAUGGAAAAUACACCCGAAAACCAAGAGGUCCAGAUGAUUCCAGACCAGUACCAGGUUCUUGAAAAGCUUGGAAAAGGGACCUUUGGUCAAGUUUUACUGGCUUACGACAAGCUAGCAGGUACAUAGACUGUUUGAAUAUCCCUGAAGCCUUUGUUGGCACGUGUGCUCAUCUAAUAACAUACAAUAUUUAGAAUAGUUAUUGGCUAUAACAACCUGUACUUUAAGCAGAAAUUGCACUUUUUGCACAAACUUUUUUUCGUCUUUACAUUGUAUAUCUUGCUGCACUGGCACAGCCAAAACAAUAGGCAAAUUAAAUUAAUUUCCAAGUGUCGCAUGCACGCACACGGCACCCAGAAGGAAAUACUGGAGCAUUUAAAGAGAACUCUUAAUAGUAUUAUAUUAAACAUGCUCAUGCUAUGCCUGACACUCGUUACGUUAGUAUAGUUGAUUGUAUUCAUGAAAAUGGUUUUAACAACCGUCUUGAUAAUUUUUACCAGGUCGAUCAGUGGCGCUAAAACUCAUGAAAGAAAGAACCCACCAAGAUGCCUUUGUCAAGGAAUUCAAUGUUGUGGUCUAUCUUUCUCAUCACAGGGGUAUCAUUACUACCUACCCCUACUUCUUCGAUACCCUGAACCACUACAUCUAUGUCCAGGAGGUGGCAACAGCAGGGACCCUUGAAUCCAUUAUUGUUGAGAAGGUAAGGAAAAUAUGCUAUAUAAUUUCUUUGGAAUAGUAUCAGUGGUAUUUUAAAGCAGAUUAGUAACAAUGCAUGGUCUUGUUAGAGUAUAUAUAUGCUAAUUUAGGCAUGGGCAACCUGAUACCCUACACCCUAUGUACUAUAACAAUAUCUGGCAGAGGAUAUUUGCUGUAAUUGUAUAUCACUAAGAACAGGUGGGCCACUGGUUACCAACACUUGUUCUAGCUGCAUCUUAGUUUGGUUAAUUAUCAAUGUUGAAGUUAUUUAAUUUAAAAAAAAAUUAAAAACACAGCCAUCUCCAUAAAAAUAUAUAAAGUACUAAUUACUUUGUCAACUCUGGGCUAAUUUUGAAAUAGCUGCAUACUGUUCUGUUUUCAGCAGCAUAUAUAACGCAGAACUGGAUGUAUGGUGUACAUUGAUAAUUAAACAUUGUAUGCGUAAAUCAUUGCUUACAACACAAUAUCUAAUAUUUGAGGAAUACUUUUGCUAGAGGAGAGUUAUCAGCUGAUUUAUUAAAAUAAUGUUUUUGGGAAUGAUAUUGGUAAAAAAGUUUUAUUUUAUCUUUACUUUAUAUUUUACUGAAUUUUUUUUUCUCUAAAUCUUUUAGGUUGGGUUACCAGAAUACAUUGUGAAGCGUUGUGCUGCUCAGAUUUCCGAAGCAUUAUUUUUCAUUCAUAAUCAAGGGUUGGUGCACAGAGACCUGAAACCAGACAACAUCUUGCUUAUGGAUAAAGAAUGCCACAACAUCAAGAUCGGAGAUUUUGGUCUAACAGAACGUUUUGGUAAAUUCAUCCCAUCGAUGUCUCAUAAUACCAUACAUGGCACCUGA